ACAAAAAUGGGUGAGGAGCAUAUGGUUCAGAUUCAAGUUCCACGAGUCAAACUAGGAAACCAGGGACUAGAGGUACACCCCAUUUUGAUUCCUUCAGUACCUCUGCUCAUUUCAUUUACAUCAUCUAGGUUUUUUAACAAAAGAACCAUGGUUGUAGAGGAGUCCAUCCAUGUUAUUUUUUAUGAGUCUAACAAUUCUCUCCAAGAAAGAGAGAAUUUUUAUGAUUUAGGCUUGGAGACCUUCAUGGGAAAAUUACAAACUGAAGAUAGAAGGCCACAAGAAGAAAUUGUAAAGGAUCCAAAGAAAGAAGAAUCGCCUUUGACACUACCUCCUUCUCAACAAGUGCAAGGUGAAUCAAGCCAAAACCUUCCUAAAGAUUGGAAGUUUGUCAUCAAACACCCACAAUAUCAAAUUAUAGGCAAUCCAUUUAGUGGGGUAAGAACUAGAUCAUCUCUUAGAAAUAUUUGCAAUAAUCUUGCUUUUAUCUCUCAAAUUGAACCUAAAAAUAUAAAUGAUGCUCUAGUUGAUGAAAAUUGGAUGAUUGCUAUGCAAGAAGAGUUAAACCAAUUUGAAAGAAGUGAAAUAUGGGAAUUAGUGCCAAGACCUCAAAAUCAAAGUGUUAUUGGAACUAGAUGGGUCUUUAGAAAUAAAAUGGAUGAAAAUGGCAUAAUUGUAAAGAAUAAAGCAAGAUUGGUAGCCAUUAGGAUGCUACUUGUCUUUGCAUGUUUUAAAGACUUUGUUUUAUAUCAAAUGGAUGUGAAAAGUGCUUUCUUAAAUGACUUUAUAAAUGAAGAACUAUAUGUUGAACAACCACCCGGUUUUCAAAGUUUUAACUUUCCUAAUCAUGUUUUUAAACUUAAAAAGGCACUUUAUAGUUUGAAACAAGCACCUAGAGCAUGGUAUGAAAAAUUGAGUAAAUUUCUUUUGAAAAAGGGUUUUAAAAUGGGAAAAAUUGACACAAUUUUUUUCAUAAAAACCAAAGAAAAUGACAUGCUCUUAGUGCAAAUAUACGUUGAUGAUAUUAUUUUUGGAGCUACUAAUGUCUCUUUUUGUGAAGAAUUUUCUAAAUGCAUGCAUAGUGAGUUCGAAAUGAGCAUGAUGGGAGAACUUAACUUCUUUCUUGGAUUUCAAAUCAAGCAACUAAAGGAAUGAACCUUCAUCAAUCAAGCAAAGUAUAUAAGAGAUCUUCUCAAAAGGUUCAACACGGAAGAAGCCAAAACAAUGAAGACUCCAAUGAGCUCAUCUAUCAAGCUUGACAAGGAUGAGAAAGGAUUGUUUGGAGUCUAUGACAUCUCUGUCUCUGAAGAACUCGCUGUUUCAAUCAUCAAGUAUGCAUUCAGCAAAGGAAUCACAUUUCUUGAUACAUCAGACUUUUAUGGACCCAAUGCUGAGCUCUUGGUUGGAAAGGUAUUGAAGGAGCUACCUCGAGAAAAGAUCCAGUUAGCCACCAAAUUUGGUCUUGUUAGAGCUGAACCUACUCAUAUGGUAGUGAAUGGUACCCCUGAGUAUGUCCGCUCCUGUUGUGAGGCUACUCUUAAACAUCUCGAUGUGGGAUACAUUGAUCUCUACUAUCAACACCGAAUUGACACUUCAAUACCUAUCGAGGAAACUAUGGGGGAGCUUAAGAAGUUGGUUGAAGAGGGAAAGAUUAAGUACAUCGGGCUAUGUGAAGCUAGCUCAGACACAAUAAGGAGGGCUCAUGCAGUUCAUCCCAUUACUGCCAUAGAAAUGGAGUGGUCUCUUUGGACUCGAGAAAUUGAAGAAGAAAUUCUCCCACUUUGCAGGGAACUUGGAAUUGGGAUAGUUCCAUACAGUCCUCUCGGCCGCGGGUUUUUUGGUGGCAAGGCUGCAGGGGAAAAUUUGCCUGCAAACAGUUUUCUGAGAUCAAAUCCUAGGUUUCAAGGUGAGAAUUUUGAAAAGAACAAGCUCCUCUAUGCUAAAAUAGAGAUGUUGGCAGAAAAGCACAGAUGCACUCCUGCACAACUUGCCCUUGCUUGGCUUUUUCAUCAAGGGGAUUAUGUGGUGCCUAUACCCGGAACGACCAAGAUUAAAAAUAUUGAUAACAAUAUCGGUUCCUUGAGAUUAAAGUUCACACAAGAAGAAUUAGAAGAGAUUUCUGCUGCAGUGACACCAGAAGAGGUGGCAGGAGCUAGAGUAGCUGAUAAUUUGAUUCGUUGCUCGUGGCGGUUUGCAAAUACACCCGCAAGGGAGACCAAGAGUUCAAAUCUGUGAGUGCAGUAGGAUAAUUUGCGGACAUAUUCAUAUUCUGAGACUAUUUUAAACUAGAUUCUCCAUUAAUAUGUCCCAGUUGAACUGAAGACAUAAUUUAUGUUUCUUAGAAUAGCAUUAAUGUUGUUGGUUUUAGUGUAUCAAAGCAUAUUUUUCAUGCUUUCAUGCUCCUUAACCAAAGGAUUAAUGCAUAACAUCUCAUGAAUAAGAUGGGGGAAAAGAGCCUUUCGGUUCUUUUGUGUAUCCGAGUAGGGAUCUACUGAUCUUUGGUUCUUGUAGCUGAUAACUAAUCCAUCUCUUUUUAAGUUUAA